GAUUGUAACAUACUGACUGUAAAACAAUACUCUUAAUGUGUAUUUAACGCCAGUAAAGCAGCCAGCAUGUAAUUGACAAUGGACCAAAGGCAAGAGGCAGCUGAGGGAGUAAGGGAGCAUAAGAUAAAAACGAGAGGGGGCUGUCCUUACUUGUUCUCCAGUGUAUGUUUGGAGCUAGUUCCAGGGGGAGGAGGCAGUGUGUGUGUGUGUGUGUGUGAGAGAGGGAACCAGAGACACAGAGAGAGAGGCACACCGAGAGACAGAGUGAGGCAGUCAAACAGAGAGAGUCAGUAAGGGAAGCUCCACUCUUCUCCCCUGUCCAGUGCUCUAGUUCAGGGACCAUGCUGCAGGGGUGUCAUUUAGCCUGGCUUGGGGCUCUCUUCCUGGGGCUGGCCAGCACCUUGGCUGGGGCCUCUGGUUUCCAGCAUCACCGCUACGAGGAGAUGGUGCGUGCGAUGUUCGCCGUGCAGAGCGAGUGUCCUUACAUCACCCGGAUCUACAGCAUCGGCCACAGCACUGAGGGACGCCACCUUUAUGUCCUGGAGUUCAGUGACAACCCUGGGGUCCAUGAAGCAAUGGAGCCGGAGUUCAAGUAUGUCGGGAACAUGCACGGGAACGAGGUUCUGGGCCGCGAGCUGCUCAUCCAGUUGUCCCAGUUCCUGUGUGAGGAGUACCGGGCCGGGAACCACCGGAUCAUGAGGCUGAUCCACGACACGCGGAUCCACAUCCUGCCCUCCAUGAACCCGGACGGGUACGAGGUGGCAGCCAGGCAGGGUCCUGAGUUCAAUGGUUAUCUGGUGGGGAGAGGGAACUCAAGGGAUGUGGACCUGAACCGGAACUUUCCUGACCUGAACGCCCUCAUGUACUACUACGAGAAGACCAACGGACGUAAUCACCACCUGCCCCUGCCCGAUAACUGGGAACAACAGGUUGAACCAGAGACCCUUGCAGUGAUCAAAUGGAUGCAGAACUAUAACUUUGUCCUGUCGGCUAACCUGCAUGGGGGGGCCGUGGUAGCUAACUACCCCUUCGAUAAGUCCCGGGACCCCCGAAUCAGGGGCAGGACCACCUACUCUGCCUCCGCUGAUGACAAGGUCUUCAAGAAGUUGGCCAGGACUUACUCGUACGCCCACAGUUGGAUGCACAAGGGCUGGAACUGUGGGGACUUCUUUGAUGAGGGGAUCACUAACGGGGCCAGCUGGUACUCUCUGUCUAAAGGCAUGCAAGACUUUAACUACCUCUACACCAACUGUUUUGAGAUCACGCUGGAGCUGAGCUGUGACAAGUUCCCACCAGCCUCAGCCCUGUCCAGGGAGUGGCUGGGCAACAGAGAGGCCCUGGUCUCCUACCUGGAGCAGGUGCACCAUGGGAUCAAAGGCAUGGUGUAUGAUGACAACAACAACCCCAUCGCCAGCGCUGAGAUCUCAGUGGCUGGCAUCAACCACGACGUGACCAGUGGUGUGGAUGGAGACUACUUCAGGCUUCUAUUGCCAGGGACCUACACUGUCACAACGAAUGCAAAUGGCUACCUACCUUCAACCAGCACGGUCACUGUAGGCCCAGCCGAAGCAAUACAGCUUCAUUUUUACCUGAAAACGGCCCCGAAAGACAACAACCUGAACAUCAAGAAUAACCACGGCAAGAAAAACCUCUCUUCUCCUCCUAAGAUCCCUGUGAAUCUGGGCCCAAGAUGAGCCAUGGACUGCAGAAGUACAGUAACACAGUCAACCCACUAGCUAGGACCAAGGCUAACAGGUGGGCCUGCACACAGACUCCCACAAAAGCACAUAGUACAGAUGAACAGUGAACAACAACUUUUAUGAUAUGAUUACUUGUGUCUUUUAUAACCUGGUUGUCUGUGUAGAUACAUAAUAAGGGAUUCAGUAAUGACGUAGUUAUUUUGUAAGCCUCAUGUAUUUAUGUAUUAGUAUAAUUUUACUGUACUGUAUUCAGUGAUUUUAAGGUCAAGGAAAACUGAAUUGCUUAUGACUGUAAUUUGAUGAGAAAAAAAGAAUGACAAUAAACUCUGUUCAGUAUUUUUA